CUAGAGAGCGCUUCGUGCCGUUCCCGCAUCACGCCUCCAGCGUUACGCCAAAUGCCUUAAAUGCAACACUUUACUCUUGUGAUGGGUGGGUAUAUGAGCGACCGCCUGGCCACCUGAACCACAAACCAAUAACACAGACGGCGACGUCAAAAUACGCUCUCACAAGUCAUGAGUCGGCAGCAGCGAAGAGUCACUAGACAGUCAGCUGAGGACCGCAAGGCUCAGUAUUUUCGGCUUCCCCUACCACCCUGCAAGGGGCCCAAGUUGCAUGCCUUCCGCCAGGAUGUCAAACCUAUCAAGUGGCUGUCGAGGCUGGAUUCCCAUAACUAUACUGAUGCAGACCGCGGCGAGGUCCCAUUCACUUAUGUCUUCAAAGUCGAAAUAGACUCGACUAUAUACGCUUUGAAGGUGUUUGACUUCUUCCAUGUAGAGGACUACAGAAGAUACUGGGGAAAUCUCAUGCCAGAGUCGUAUCCUGUCGAAACAAUCCGACUCCAUACAGACCCCUUCUACGCUGAAUGUCGAGCGUAUGGGCGUAUUAUGGAAACCGAAGCCAAACGGCCGAGGAUGAUGCCUAUAUGUGUUCCUUGUUAUGGAUACAUGAUGUUGAGUGAAGAAGAUCGACAUAUACUGGAAACGAGAUUCUAUCUUGCGUUUGAUGAUAUACAUAGCCGCCGCGAACCACUGCGGGCACUCGUCAAACAAUAUGCUGGCUCGGACCCAGGUAUUACAGAACAUAGCCUCACAAAGACAAGGCAACGGAUGAAAAACAUGAACAAGCUCGGCAUUUAUAACAGAGAUAUUGGCUUGGACAACUUUCUAAAUGGGCUAUUGAUCGACUUUGACAACGCAUGGACAGAGCCACAUUGCUUCAUCCAAGACAUGCCUCGUCCGCACCAUAUCCAGGAAAACAAAGACUACGACAAAUACAAGUUUGAUGAAAUGCUGAAGUGCAGUGGGUUUAGUAAGAAGUACAGUUUUUACCCAAACGCCGAGUUUUGUACAAAGUUGAGAAGCAACGUUGUGCACUAUUAUAGCGACGCGUUUAGUGAUACAACCACAGACACAGAUACUGAAUCGUAGGCUGUUGCUUUGAUUUCUACUAGUGUAUGCCGAUUCUACAAGAAUCGGAUAAUUUUACGACAUUCAUUUUUGUAAACAUAUUUUUGACACGUUGCUCUAUCCACGACCGAUAUAUA